ACCUAAUCCUCCACUUGCAAAACCACCUCUUCCCCAUCGCCGUACCCAUUUCCCAUCCCCUCCCCUCCCCCAAACUGAGCAGAGGAAUUAGAGAGAGAGAGAGAGAGAGAGAGAGGGAGAGGAAUGGGGGUUUUGAGGAGCACGCAUAGCUUGGAGGCGGAGGUGGAGGAGAUGCGCGCGAUGUUGCUGCAGGGCCGCCGGAGCGCCGUCGACGCCGCCGCCGACUCGUGGAAGCUGCGAUCGGCGGCGGCGAAGCGGGCGGCGGACGGCGACGGAGGGGGCGGCGACGCGCGCGCCGUGUGCGUCACCGGCGGCAUCUCCUUCGUCGGCUUCGCCGUCGUCAACCGCCUCCUCGCCCUCGGCUACACCGUCCGCCUCGCGAUCGAGACCCAAGAGGAUCUAGACAAGCUAAGGGAGAUGGAGAUGUUCGGCGAGAUGGGGAGAGAUGGCGUAUGGACGGUGAUGGCGAACGUCAUGGACCUCGAUAGCCUGUGUCGAGCGUUCGACGGCUGCGUCGGCGUGUUCCACACCUCGUCUUUUGUAGACCCUGGGGGCGUCUCUGGCUACUCGAAGCACAUGGCGGAUUUGGAAGCGAAAGCAGCCGACCGUGUGAUCGAAGCCUGCGUGAGAACGCAAUCAGUGCGGAAAUGUGUGUUCACUUCAUCUCUUUUGGCCUGCGUCUGGAGGCAAAACUAUGCCCGUGACCGCCGGCUACCAAUGAUUCUCGAUGAGAACUGCUGGAGCGACGAAAGCCUCUGCCGCGAUAAAAAGCUAUGGUUUGCACUAGGCAAGGUAAUGGCGGAGAAAGCCGCGUGGAGGGCGGCUCGAGGAAGGGACUUGAAGCUAGUGACAAUAUGCCCUGCCCUUGUCACUGGUCCCGGAUUUCGCCGUCGCAAUUCUACCGCAUCGAUCGCCUAUCUCAAAGGAGCCCACGAGAUGUUCAUGGAGGGCCUGCUCGCGACAGUAAAUGUCGACAAAGUGGCCGAGGCGCACGUGAGCGUGUACGAAGAGAUGAACGGCACGGCAGGUGGGCGGUACAUCUGCUACGAUCACGUCAUCCGGAGAGCCGAAGAGGCGGCCGAAUUGGAGCGGCAGCUGGGCAUCUCUAACAGAAUAUAUCGGGGGAUCCCAGCCGACCCCACAUGGUUUAAGCUCUGCAACCGGAAGCUGUCGAGGCUGAUGUCCCUACGCCGGAGGUGCACUUACGACUUUUAUGCAAUCGCGGAUGAUUAGAAAAUGACAAGUUUCUCAGGAAAGUUCAGUGCAUUGAGUGAAAGAUGAAUGACGCUCGCAGAGCUGUGAAUUUUGGGAGAUUGGAGUGAGUGGUUUCCUGCAAAUUGGAUGUUGUUCCAAAUAGAAGAGGGAAAACUUUUGUACAGGUUGCUUUUUUGAAAUUUUAUUACAUGAUGUUCCGUUCUGUACAGAUAUUAUAUUUAGUGUAUAAUUGAUGGGUAGUAAA